AUUCAUUUGACUUUUGCUUUUUCUAAGAGGUGAAAUGGCGCAGCAAGGAGCUCAACUGGGCCAAGAAAAACUCUGCUGUUCGAUCUGUCUGGAUCUACUGAAGGAUCCGGUGACUAUUCCCUGUGGACACAACUACUGUAUGGGUUGUAUCAAAAGUCACUGGGAUGAAGAGGAUCGAAAGAAAAUUUACAGCUGUCCUCAGUGCAGACAGACGUUCAGACCGAGGCCUGUCCUGGUGAAAAACACCAUGUUGGCAGAUUUAGUGGAGGAACUGAAGAAGACUGGACUCCAAGCUGCUCCAGCUGAUCACUGCUACGCCGGACCUGGAGAUGUGGCCUGUGAUUUCUGCACUGGGAGAAAGCGAAAGGCAUCAAAGUCCUGUCUGCAGUGUCUGGUCUCUUAUUGUGAGCAGCACCUCCAGCCUCACUAUGAGGUUGCUCCGUUAAAGAAGCACAAGCUGCUAAAACCAUCUGCAAAUAUUCAAGAGAACAUUUGCUCUCGUCACAAUGAAGAAAUGAAGAUUUUCUGCCUCACUGAUAAACAGUGUAUCUGUUAUCUCUGCUCCUUGAAUGAACAUAAAGGCCACAACACAGUCUCUGCUGAGGCAGAAAUGGCUGAGAGGCAGAAAGCAUUUGGGGCAAACUGGCAGAAGAUCCAGCAGAGAAUCCAGGACAGAGAGAAAGAUGUGAAGGAACUUCAGCAGGAGGUGGAGGCUAUCAAUCGCUCUGCUGAUAAAGCUGUGAGGGACAGUGAGAAGAUCUUCAAUGAAUUGGUCAAUGUUAUCAAGAAAAGAAGCUCUCGCGUGAAGCAGCAGAUCAAAUCUCGACAGAAAACUGAAGUCAGUCGAGUCAAAGAGCUUCAGAAGAAGCUGCAGCAGGAGAUCACUGAGCUGAGGAGGAAAGAUGAUGAACUGGAGCAGCUCUCACAAUCAGAGGACCAUCGGAAGUUAUUUCAUAAUUACCCCUCACUGUCAAAUCUCACCGACUCUUCAGAGUCACACAGUAUCAAUAUCCGACCUCUGAGGCACUUUGAGGAUAUGAAGACAGCUGUGUCAGAGGUCAGAGAUAAACUGCAGGUCAUUCUUAAUGACCUACUGGUCAAAAUCUCAAUGACAGAGACUGAAGUUGACGUUUUACCACCACAACCAGAGCCCAAGACCAGGGCUGGAUUCUUAAAAUAUUCACAACAUCUCACACUGGAUCUGAACUCUCAAUAGUUGAUUGCAUGUUGAUUUUCUUCCUGUGUUUUGUGCAGUAAAGAUGUAAUAGUUUCUGAUAAUCAAUAGACCAAUGUUUGUUAUUCCUCCUGACAUACUGGUUUAACAGACCCACUGUGUGAUGAAGUGCAUCUGUUGAUGGAUAUUCUAAUAUGUGAACAUAGUCAAUCAAUAAUGUUGAUUUGUUUUCCAAAAAUAAAACUGCA